AUGCCGUGCAUGCUACCGCUGAAGGUGACGCUGACUCAGCGAUUAAGCUCCCAACUUUCGCCGCGGCGCAACACUGCCUUCCGUCCCACUCGAGAACCACUUAGAGAUGAUGCUGCUCUUCAACUCCAGCACUCCCGUGUUACCGGCCCUGUACCUUUCCUCAACCCUACGAGAGCGCACUUCCGCCACGAGGCGCGUCCGGACGUUCGGUUCAAGUGGACGUCGCGCAACAAUCGCAAAGGACGACAUGCCAUAGCUAUAAGCCCACAUCAGGUCUCUGCCGAAUCGAAACACGACACGCCACGCGCUUCCUCUUCAUCUGGCAGCAUCGUCCACGGCAUCUGGCGCAUGCUCACAUACUACCCGAUUUGGGAUAUCUCUUUCGAUAUCGCAUACGUCUUUACUAUCGGCAGCGUGGUCUGGGUCAUGAACGCAUUCUUUGUCUUCCUACCGCUGGUGGCACCAGAUACCAUGUUCAAGAAGGAGGAGCUUUAUGGCGGAGGCAUAACGGCAUUCAUUGGAGCCACGAUCUUCGAAUUCGGCUCGUUUCUGCUGAUGGCUGAGGCGUUGAACGAGAAUCGCUCAGGAUGUUUUGGCUGGGCCGUGCAGCACGCUUUGUCGCAUAAAGAGGAGGAAGAGGGCAAGGGCGCAAGAUUACGGCCGUCAAAGUCGCAAUGCACGCAUCACCACUUCAAUAAGCGGAAUCUCGUCGGCGCAGGCCAGAACUCCGCAUCGAAACAUGAGCCUGGGGCAGACGCGCGCUCGUGGGUAUGGUGGCCGUCAAACGAGGAAUUGCGUACCCAUUACAUUCACUCCCUUGGCUUCCUAGCAUGUCUUUUCCAGCUUUUAGGCGCAACGGUUUUCUGGAUUUCUGGACUGACCGCUCUUCCCGGUAUCUAUAAUCGAAUGUCUCGUCCCAUCUCUAUCAUCUUCUAUUGGACUCCGCAAGUUAUUGGUGGUACGGGCUUCAUAAUUUCCGGGAGUCUCUUUAUGCUCGAGACGCAAUCGAAGUGGUGGAGACCAGCACCUAGGACACUAGGCUGGUGGAUCGGAUUGUGGAACUUAAUAGGUGGUAUUGGGUUUACAAUGUGUCCUGCAUUUGGGUAUGAUCAGAACAGCUGGGCUCAGUAUCAAGCCUGUCUAAGUACAUUCUGGGGAAGCUGGGCAUUCUUGAUCGGGAGUGUGAUACAGUGGUAUGAGAGCUUGGAUAAGUUCCCCGUGGAGCUGAAGAAAUCGGGAACAAGGCAAUCGCAGGAGCCCGAGCGCGUUGAUGAUACCAAGCGAGCUGCAGCAUAG